CCUCAAACAAACAUUGCAAGUCAACAAGGACCACAAGACAACAACAACACAAUGUUGACACAUGUCAUAAUGACCCGAGCGACACGUACACAAGUUCCCUCAAAUCCUCUUCUCAUCAUCGUCGCCGAUGGAGGUUGACGCAGGCGAAGCAACACCCGUCUGUCCGCAACAAUGGCAAUGCGCAACGUCAAAGUUCACGCCCGUACUCAUUGCGAUACCUUCUCCCAUCCCGUCGACUGCUUUAGCGUCGUCCGCUUUGCCAUUCGGAUCCCCAUCCUUGACAUCGAGGUCAACGACGACGACGACGACAAAAACCUCCAUGUCGACGACGACGGCCACGGCCACCAACACGACGAUAGCCACGGCCAUGUACAAGACACCCAGUGCUUCGAGCUCUGCUUCCAUGCUGGAUUCGUGCCCGGCCCCGACCCUGUUUCCUUACACAUACUGCCCUCUGGCCGCAUCGAGCAUCACGACCCUGCCCCCCUCUUACGCACGCCGCAUCCGCCCUACUAUAUCCACGAGCUACCAGAUCUCAUCGACCUGACCCACACUGCCGACGACGCCGCAAUAACCACUGCCAUGGCCCCGAACCCCAGCAGUAGCAGUAGCAGUAACACCCCUCCUCGUCUUGUCACAUGGCUGCUGUUGAUUACACUAUACACUAUUGCAGUCCUUACCGGUGGUGUCGUCCUUGGCCGUCGUCUCCACCCAUCCAAUGUUGAACAUCUCUCCCCCUCGAGCCGUCCAUUGCUGUCACUUCCUCACGCAACCUAUGUCCUGGACGUUGCCGCCGUGCCGACAACCCGACCACUUUCCCUCUAUGAGGACAUUUUGUCGCUUGAGAGACUUCACCUGGCCGCCAAGGCUGACAUCGCUGAGGUCAUGGCCACUAGCCCAGAUCUUGGUUUAAACUGCGAGCUAGGAAAGCUCGUAAGUCGUAUGUCUCGCGACAUCUUCGCUCUAAACAAGCAUAAUGAUGAUAAUAAUCCCGUCGUCCCAACACCACCGACCCUCUAUGCCGACAUCAAGCUUACCUGCCAACACAUUUCACAUCGCCUCAUGAAGCUACACAGGUCACUCCGCGCUCUAAAAGCCGCCAGCCUAUACCACAGUGAUACAAAGCUGUUUUUUACCGCCUGGAUGCUUGAGACUGCUGCCGAGGACGGGUAUGAUGCUACCUCCCUUCCCCUGGCCUACGCCAAAGGUCUCUUGGACCCCGAACGUGACGUAUGGCAACAGUGCCACUUCUGCAGCACUCCUCCACCGGCGCCUGUCGACGCAUACGUUACAGUUUUGGUUCCUGAUUGGCACUUUGCCUGCGAUAUGUCCUUCUUGAACCUCUCAGCCUCGUUGUCUUCCUAUCCAGCUGCUGCAAUCAAUAACUACUUCAAGUCCUGGGGCAAGCAGCAGUCUGCCCGCCGCUUUGCUGCCUUGCGCAACCCCCCGCUUGAUGUUGACGACACUCCAAUGUACCCAAACAACCAGCACCCUUUUGACGAGGCUGACGAGAUCCAUGACGCGCUGCUGCCGGGCGAGAGUGACCUUAAUGGCCUGGUCCGAAACGUCGUUGAGAUUUCAACUGCUAUUGACGAGCUGCUUGACCUCCUUGGCACUCUCAACAUUUCUGCUGUUUCUGGCCUUCAAGCAGACAACGCUCCGUCACCGCCCGAGGUGGUGUCGUCCAAGCUGUGGUGGCAGAUACCGCGUUCUCGACCCGCGCCUAUCGCCGCCACCGACCGUCAAAUCAGAAUCCGCCGAGGUACUGCACGCCUCGUCAACCUGCAAAACGACCUGCUUACCCCCCUCGUCCGCUCCCUUGGACGCGCCUCAGCCUCCAUGACCGUCGCCUGUGACGAAGCCAACAAGCAGCGUACCAGGGUGCAACGCCUCGCUACAGGUCGCGGCUGGGACUACGAAGCAGCCCACAUCAAUAGUAGUAGUAGUAGUAGCAUCAAGAACAGCAACGGACAGGAGGGAGGCGAAGGCGCUAGGGUCUCUUCUUCGAGUACUAAUAUCGUCGUCCAUGUCGCCCGCACCCUCUUCACUGCCGACCUGGCUGCUGAGGCUUCCGCCCUCCAUGCCGAGUCUGCUCAACGCCUCGCCGAGAGCCAAUCGGCGGCCGCGGCUGCGAAGGCCACCUCGACAAUGCGUCUCCUCGCGUCCCGAGAGCUCGCCACUGCCGCCACAGCCUCCUCGACCACAACUACUGCGGCCGGCUGGCUGGAACAGGUGGACGACGACGAGCCCAUGAGCGAGGAGGAUCUGGCGUUCGAGCAACGGGUGCGGGAAAAGCUCGACGUCUACGACGAACCGAUGAGACGCUUGGCCGACCUGCUUCGGGGGGGCGGUGAUGGAUUGAAUUUGAAUUUGCCCUAAGCAGUUUUAGUCGCCGUAUAUGUGUUCCCUAUAAUUGCUGCUGCCAGUUAGCAGCACUUGCUCUCGUUGGGCCCAACCC